AUGUCUGAAUUCCUCUUGAUCAAGUCUGCAGCCUUAGAUUUUAGCAUCCAGUGGAUUUGUUGGGCAAUAGCAGCAUGUCGAAGGACCGAAAAAUUUUAUGAUUUGGCAGGUUCAUUGACUUUCAUCCUGUUAUCACUUCUCAGUCUAAAAUGGGGUGACAAUUUCUAUCAUCGUCAAAAGAUUCAAACUGCAUUUAUCUGUAUCUGGGCAUUGAGGCUUGGCUCUUACCUCUUUUUUCGCAUAAUGUCUGAAGGAUCUGAUCAUCGAUUUGACAGAGUUCGGGACCAUCCACUGAAAUUUCUUCUUUAUUGGACAAUCCAAGGUGUCUGGGUAUUUGUCACACUGCUCCCUACAUUGAUUUUAAAUUUCAAGAAGGAAGAUCAGCCUCUCAGUGUAACAGACUAUUUUGGUUGGACACUAUGGACUGUUGGAUUUUUGCUGGAAACAGUAGCAGAUUGGCAGAAAUUUCGAUUUCGAUCUGAUACAUCAAAUAAGGGCAGAUUCAUUCGAUCUGGACUUUGGAAUAUUUCCAGGCAUCCCAAUUACUUUGGUGAAAUUCUUCUUUGGUUAGGUCUUUUCAUUUCUGCUUCCAGUGUGAUGAAUGGCAAAGAAUACCUGAGUGUCUUGUCUCCUGUUUGCGUUGCCUUCCUCAUAAUCAGAGUCUCUGGUAUUCCCAUAUUAGAGAAAUCUGCUUUCAAGAGGUGGGGCACCAGUCCUGCAUAUGCAGAAUAUGUGCAGUCAACAGCUGUCCUUAUCCCAUUUAUCUGGUAA